AUGGAUAGAACCGAUGAGUUUGUGAAAGUUGUCCGGGCCACGCACAUUCCACAGCAAGGCCGGGCUUCGUUUGCAUCUCCAUACAUAAGAGCAUUUGAGAUAGACGGUGUGAUAGAGAAGACGCUUUCGGAUGUGGGUAAGAUGCUGGACAAGGAACGGGUAUACGAGUCCUUUGCCCUACAGUCGAAGAUAGACAGGGCAUGGGAGCUGGUGAAGGAGAUGCGGGAGAUUUCGGGCCUUGAGGUAAGGUGUAGGAACGACCAGGAGGCAGCAUCGUAUGCAAGUCUCAACGGAAUGGUCCGGAACAGAGCGGCCAGAUACCAUAUAAGGCUAAAGGAGCUUGUCAGAAAAAAGGACGCCCGGAGCCAGGCCGUGAGUGAAAGGAGAAGGGAGUUUGAUUCUGAGCGCCCCCAGGAGCAACAGGACGUGGUGCUGAUGGAAAGCGAGGUUGUCACCGAGAGGGUCAAGGAAAGGCAAAGGAUCUCGAUGCAGAUCAGUGAGAUAGGCCAGAUAAUGGAGGAGAUAAGCAUGCACAUAUCUCUCCAGGAAGAAAGCUUCAAGAGGAUUGACGACCUGAUGGGCACCUCCGACACCCUUAUUUCCGGGAGCCUCGACCUCAUGAGAAAGACCUGGGAGAAUGUAUCCAGUACUCGCCCUGCAAUUGUCAGGUUUGUAAUGUUCUGGAUGGUGCUGGCACUGGUAUUUUGGUUGCUAAGAAGAUGA